UUCCUACCCGCAUGUCGCCUUUUGCUACUCAAUAUUGACAGUAUUGCUUCUCAUAUGUGGAGAAGCAAUGGCUCCCGUGUGAGGAGUUCUUGGUCGCUUGCGACGACGCAACGAUCAAUCCUACCAAGAACGAGAUGGUAUAGCGCGCGGGCGCUUGAGGGAGAUGCUCUCGCGAUCUCCAACGAUGAAUUCGCAAGUGCGUUCGAAGGUGUAGUCGAUAGGCGGUCAUGGGCAGCGUGUUCUCAUAUUGGCCUCGCGGUCAGCGGCGGCGUAGAUUCUAUGGCGUUAGCGACGUUGUAUAAUGAAUACAGGAUUUCGACCCUGACUUUGAACGGAUUGGGCGAUGCCGAUACCCCUCCAGAACUGCAUGGUUUCGUGGUGGACCAUAAAAAGAGACCAGAGAGCACCGAGGAAGCAGAGUGGGUUGCAGAGCAGUUGCGCUCUCAAUUCAAGAUAUCCACGUCCAUCAUUCCUCUCAUUUGGCCAGCAGGCUUUCACGAAAACCCCGACAGAUUCGAAAGUGAGGCCCGUACCUUGCGCUUCCAGGCCCUCGGGCGAGCUUGUAGAGAUCGCUCAAUCCGAUCCUUGAUGGUUGCCCAUCAUGCCGAUGACCAGGCGGAAAUCAUCAUGAUGCGACUAGUAGCCAAGCGACAUAGGUCGGGGCUCCGAGCCAUGCAGAAGGCAGAUGAUAUACCAGAAUGCGAAGGAAUCUACGGAGCAUCUAGAAGCGGGAGCCCCCAGCAACUAUCUCUUCCAAAAGACUUUGCACCGUUCCAGAUCGAAGGUGGGGGCAUACGAGUUGUAAGACCAUUGAUAGAUUUUCAUAAAAGGAGGCUUAUAGCCACUUGCAAGCACUACGGGACGUCGUGGACGGAAGACAAAACGAAUCAAGACCAAACGCUCACUCAGCGCAACGCAGUUCGACACAUUGUGGGGAAUCACGCGCUUCCGCAAGCUCUAUCGAACCAGUCCUUGGUCGGGGUUGCGGAGCGAAUGCAAGCCCGUGUAGAAGCACGACUGUCGUUUGCUGAGCAACUUUUUGAGCGAAUGCCGCUCAAACUUGACCUUCAAACAGGCUCUUUGGUUGCACGCAUUCCACCAGUCGCAUCACUGCUCCCGCGACCAAUCUCUUCUUCCGCCGAUAGAGCAGAGGCUGCAGAUAAUGCACACUGUCUCUUGAUGAGAUUAAUGAGGAUGAUUGUUCCAAAAUCCCGCCCCGCAGUUGGCAGAUUGGCGGGAUCUGUGGAUCAUGUUUGGCCUGAAUUGAUAUCGGGCGACAACACGGUCUCACCAAAAGAGCUCCACCAUGAGAAGUACACCGUUGGCGGUAUGAUAUGGCAGCCGCUGGAGGAUGCCCCAGACGACCCGAGUCAUGGAAGGGAAUGGCUCCUUUCCCGCGAGAGACCUCAGCGCUCGGAACUGGGAUUGACAGCUUUGAGUUUCCCCCAAACAUCACCGUCUGGCACGAAUUCGGCAGGUCCCCAAUGGCACCUUUUCGAUAACCGUUACUGGAUCCGGGUGCAGAACAAGACAGAUAAAGAACUCGUGAUGCGCUUCAUGAGUUCUUACGAGCUAGGAGAAAUAUACGCUCGACAUCAUCGCAAACCAGGAGAAAGGGGAAAAUUCCCUCCGAUCCGCACUUUCUACGUGAGAGCUGCCUUGUCGCUUAUCAAACCCCAUGAACUGCUCACCUCCGUCCCCGUAAUCUUCAUGCGCUCGUCCGAUGGCAUCGAAACCCCCAUCCUUCUGCCUACAUUCAACCUCCAUCUUGUGGGCAAAACCCGCGAUAUAUGCGACUGGGAAAUUCGCUACAAAAAUGUUGAUUGGGGCAAAAGAAGAGUCGUGGAAUCUCUCGUUCCAGGUAUGACGGAGAAGGACAUUGUCGCAAACAUGUCCGAACGCAUUCGAGCAAUUUAUGUUCAGAAAUACAAGCGCGAUGACUUGGGUUUUCCCAAGAAGCGUCAAGUUUCGCCACGUUCACGCGUGGAUAAGAUGAUCAGCAAGAAGGAGAAGGCCGCUUCACCAAACAGGGGCACGAAAAGGCAAACCCGUGUCUAAUCAUUUCAUCGGUUCGAAAGUUCGAUCGUUUGUCGGAAAGUUUGAGCCAAGUAGAGCCUUGAGUAGAGACUCAUAGUGUUGGAGAGUUGGAGGCGAUGUAUAAAACCGGUUUUCACAAGAUUCUCUCGACGAGGUGUACAUGAUGUUAUAUAGGAUGACUACAUCCGGAGGGUAUAUCGUGAUGCAGUGCUGUUUGCGUGGGAGUCGUGGCAUGGACAACCUAGCCAGUAUUAAUGGCACAUGCCGUGGAUUGCUUGUGAAUGCAGAUAUGCCAUGCAAACCAUCUACUUGCUCAAU